AUGGCGUCGUCCUUUCGCUGGACGGCGCUGUUGUUGCUGCUAGGCACUCUUGCCUGCCUUUUCCAAUCAGCCGUUGCUGUCAAGGAGAACGAUUUCAAGAAAUGCAACCAAUCUGGCUUCUGUAAACGAAACCGCGCCUAUGCCGACAGCGCCCUUGCCCAAGGAUCAAACUGGAAGACACCAUACGAGAUCACCGCCGAUUCGGUAUCCUUCGAGAAUGGAAAGCUGGAAGCUAUGGUGGUCAAGACCAUCAACUCCAACGGAGACACCGUUCGCCUCCCCCUUACGAUCUCAUUCCUCAUGUCUGGUUCCGCCCGAGUCACGAUGGACGAGGAGAAGCGACGAAACAAGGAUAUUGUGCUACGAGACGACAGUCCUGUUCGCAAAGAACGUUACAACGAGGCUGAUAAAUGGGUUCUUGUUGCUGGUCUGGAUCUCGACAAGGACGCGCAACUUGCACACCAAGACAAGAGUCAAGUCAACAUCAAGUUCGGACUUGAGGGCAACCAUGAAGCUGUCAUCAAGUUCUCACCUUUCGAGAUCGACUUCCGACGCGAUGGCAACUCACACGUCAAGUUCAACGAGCGUGGUUGGUUGAACAUGGAACACUGGCGACCCAAGAUCGAGAACAAGGAAGGUGAGGAAGCCGCCGAGGAUGAGAGCACAUGGUGGGACGAGUCCUUUGGUGGAAACACCGACUCCAAGCCUCGUGGACCUGAAAGUGUGGCUAUGGACAUUACUUUCCAUGGAUACGAGCAUGUGUUUGGUAUUCCCGAACACACUGGUCCUCUGUCCUUGAAGCAGACCCGUGGUGGAGAUGGCAACUACGCUGAACCUUACCGCAUGUACAACGCCGAUGUGUUCGAAUACAUCCUUGACAGCCCAAUGACCCUCUACGGUGCUAUUCCUUUCAUGCAAGCUCACCGCAAGGGUUCGUCUGUUGGUGUUUUCUGGCUCAACGUUGCCGAGACUUGGGUCGACAUCACCAAGGAGAAGAACCAGGCAAACCCUCUGAGCCUUGGUGUUGGUAGCAAGACGAACACACAUACUCAUUGGAUUUCCGAGAGUGGUCUCCUCGAUGUUUUCGUGCUCCUCGGUCCCACUCCUUCUGAUCUCACUAGGACCUAUGGAGAGUUGACCGGCUACACUGCUAUGCCCCAAGAGUUUGCCAUUGGUUACCACCAGUGCCGAUGGAACUACAUCUCCAGCGACGACGUUAGAAACGUUGAUCGCAACAUGGACAAGCACAAGAUCCCAUACGACGUUAUCUGGCUGGAUCUCGAGUAUACCGAUGACCGCAAGUACUUCACCUGGGAGCCUCACUCCUUCCCUGACCCUAUCGACAUGGGUGAACAUCUGGAUGCUCAUGGUCGCCAACUUGUCGUCCUUCUUGACCCCCAUAUCAAGAAGACUGAUAACUACGUUGCCUCACAGGAAAUGCUUGCCCAAGACCUUGCUACUCACGACAAGGACCAGAAACCGUACGAGGGAUGGUGCUGGCCUGGAGCCUCCAACUGGAUCGACUGCUUUAACCCCAAGGCUAUUGAGUGGUGGAAGACUAUGCUCAAGUUUGACAAGUUCAAGGGUACCAUGCACAACACUUGGAUGUGGAACGACAUGAGUGAGCCUUCAGUUUUCAACGGACCCGAGGUGACCAUGCCCAAGGACAACAUCCACCACGGAGGAUGGGAACACCGUGAUGUUCACAACCUGAACGGUCUCACUUUCCAAAACGCCACUUUCCAGGCCCUCCUUCACCGUGAAAAGGGGGAGCUUCGACGACCUUUCAUCCUGACACGAGCCUUCUACGCGGGUUCGCAAAAGCUUGGUGCUAUGUGGACAGGUGACAACCAGGCUGACUGGGGACAUCUGGCCGCGUCUAUCCCUAUGACCCUGAACCAGGGUAUCUCUGGGUUCCCCUUCGCUGGUGCUGAUGUUGGAGGCUUCUUUGGCAACCCUGAGAAGGAUCUCCUCGUCCGUUGGUACCAGACUGGUAUUUGGUACCCCUUCUUCCGAGCUCAUGCCCAUCUCGACGCCCGACGUCGUGAGCCUUACCUUUUGGGUGAGCCUUAUACCCAGAUCUCGACUGCCGCUAUCAGACUCCGAUACACUCUGCUGCCUGCUUGGUACACCGCUUUCCACACCGCGUCCCAAGAUGGAAGCCCUAUCAUCCGCCCUAUGUUCUGGACGCAUCCCUCUGAAGAAGCUGGCUUUGUUCUUGAAGACCAGUUCUUUGUUGGCGAGACUGGUCUUCUUGUGAAGCCAAUCACAGAACAGGGCAAGGAGUCGACCGACAUUUGGAUCCCUGAUAACGAGGUUUACUACGACUACUUUACCUACGACGUUCAGAAGACAAGCAAGGGUAAGUACCUCACAGUCAGCGCGCCGCUCGAGAAGGUCCCUGUUCUCCUUCAAGGUGGACAUAUCAUCCCCCGACGUGAUAUUCCCCGACGAUCAAGUGCUCUUAUGCGAUUUGACGACUACACACUCGUUGUCUCCGUCUCCAAGGAUGGUAACGCCUCAGGCGAGCUUUACAUUGAUGACGGUGAUACAUUUGAGUACGAGCAAGAUCAAUACAUCCACCGCAAGUUCACCUUCAGCGGCAACACAUUGACUUCUAUCGAUACUGUGGGACGCGACACCAAGUCAAUUAAGGCUGGCCCAUGGCUCAAGGAUAUGGAAACCGUCUACGUUGACAAGGUCAUUAUCGUCGGCGCACCCAAGACCUGGAACCAGAAGGAAGCCACAGUUUCGUCCGAAGGAAAAACAUGGACCGUCAAGAUCCAAUACCACGAAGCCAAGGGCAGCCGUGCGGCCUUUGCGGUUGUGGGCCGCGUUGGAGCCAAAAUCGGUGAUGACUGGAGCAUUAAGCUUGCUUAG